AUGUGCAUUUUUAGCUUCAGAUAAACAGACAUGGCGGAUACAGGAAGAAGAAGCUACGAGAAAUAAAGCACUGCCGCGCUGACGUUCGUCCACUUCUCAGAGUCUCCACGACAGAUAUCCACGUUAAAAGCCCGACAUGGACGACGUGGAGAUCGAAGACGUCAACGAGGACUCUCCUUUUCUGGUGGAGAAGGAGCCGCUCAGAAACCAGGACCUGACUUCCUUCACUGACAUCGCCGGAGAGGUCUUGUCCCUGUAUGGCUGGCACCUGCUGCUGGUGGCGUUUGUCCUCUUCCUGUUGGUCCAGCAGCUGAAGAAGAGAAGUUCUGGACAGAGCGCGUCCGACACGGCCUCUGCUGCGACACAAGAUGCUGCAUUUGUGGCCCAGAGGCAGGAGGCCAUGGAGGCUGCUCGCAGGAGGAUGCAGGAGGAGCUGGACGCCAAGGCGGUCCUCUUCAGGGAGAAACAGAAGCAGAGAGAAGAAGAGAAGAGGAGGCAGAAGCUGGAGAAUUACAAAGGAAUCGUGAUGUCUCAGGACGAGGCGGCCUCGUCAUCCGCUGCCCUGAAGCCCAAGACUGACAAAAAGCCGCUUCGCAGCACCGACUACAGUCCUCUGAGUGGGCAGGGUGGAGGAACCUGCUCCUGGCGGCCGGGCCGCCGGGGCCCGUCCUCCGGUGGAUGAGGGUAAAGAGCGUCAGAGACGGCGGUCCAUGUGACCUCUGACCUCUGACAGCCGCGACGCUCACGCUAACUGACUGAAGCAAGCUGACGACGUGCCGAGCCCGCUCUCUGCGAGGAUCUCUCUUGUUUUGUGGUCGCACCUUUUCAGAUAAAUACACAGUAGAGUUUAAGAGAAAAGAUUUUAUUGUCAUUUUGCUAAAACGUGUGGAUCCCCGAUGCGGUUUGAUCCUGAGUCUGGUGGUGAAUGGAGGCGGUUUAGGGGCUCGUGCAGUGGAACGCUUGUCAUGAAGCCGCUCCCGUAAACGGCGUGUGUCCGCUGGGUUUGGCUGAUGUUCACAGUCGGCGUGUUUCUCUCUGUUUCUCGUCUUUCUCUCCUCGUGCCACCGCAGCUUUAGAGUUGUAGAUGGUAGUUUGAUUGGGAUAUGCAGUACUUUCUGAUGUAACUGGUCCAACCAGACAGUUUUUUGAUAUAUUCUCAUGUGAGGUGGUUCAUGUCUAACAUGUACAUUUUAUGCAAUAAAGAUAUUCACCAAGAAACCUGUGCAGGAAA